AUGAAAAGCAAUAUGGAGCUGGAAUGUUGUCAAGAAGCAAUUAGUGUAACCGUCCAGAGAUGCACAAAUUUCAAUCGAAAUUCGCGGCCCACUGGUCAAGAAGUCCUGAAGGAACUUAAAGAAAACAAACAAAUUUUCGAUUCUGUCAACAUGCUUGAGUUUAUGCCACAAUCAAACAUUGAGCGAAAGGAGCGGAUUUGCCCAUAUAAGACCCGAUCAGUCGAUUCGAAAGGGAUGAUGCUAAGUGAAUGGUCGAGUCCACAGAAAGGAUUUGAAGCACAU